UCAGCGGCCCCAUCAUGACAGCACUCAGACUCCUGGCCGUGCUGGCCAGCCUGCUAGCAACCUCCAGGGCUGGCUCGGCCCCUCUGGUGGACAUAGUGGGCGGCAGGAAGGCCCGGCCGCAGGAGCUCCCAUUCCUGGCUUCCAUCCAGAAACAAGGGAGGCACUUCUGUGGGGGCGCUCUGAUCCACCCCAACUUUGUCCUGACAGCGGCCAGCUGCUUCCAGAGCCGGAACGCUGGGAUUGCCACCGUGGUGCUGGGUGCCUAUGACCUGAGGCGUCGGGAGCGGUCCCGGCAGACAUUCUCCAUCAGGAGCGUCAGCGAGAAUGGCUAUGACCCCCAGCAGAACCUGAAUGACGUGCUGCUGCUGCAGCUGGACCGUCAGGCCAACCUCACCAGCAGCGUGGCGCCGGUACCGCUGCCGGAGCAGAACGCCACGGUGGAAGCCGGCACCAGGUGCCAGGUUGCAGGCUGGGGCACCCGACGGCGUAGGGGGCGUCUCUCCCGAGUUCCUAGGGUCCUCAAUGUUACCGUGACACCUGCAAACCAGUGUCGCCCCAACAAUGUGUGCACUGGCGUCCUCACCCGCCGGGGUGGCAUCUGCCAGGGGGACGGCGGCACCCCUCUUGUCUGCAACGGCCUGGCACACGGCGUGGCCUCCUGGUCCCGGGGGCCCUGCGGUAGGGGCACCGACUUCUUCGCGCGUGUGGCCCUCUUCAGGAACUGGAUUGACUCGGUUAUAAACCAGCCGUCCUGACGGACCCCGCCCAGCCCGCGGGGGGCGCUGCGCAGCCAGAGCUCAGCCCCCACCGACGCACUGCGUGUCCAUCCCGAGGCCCCACCCCGGCCCCCGCGGUUGUGACUCUAAUAAAGAAUCUGUCCCCAUUCUG